AAAAGAGAACCAGCUAUUUCCCGCGGAUUCGAUUACGCGUACGUAGCAACCAAUUAAAAUGGCCGAUAAGAGUGUUUCUGUAUGUCAUAACGGAUUUUAAGAAAUAAUGUGAGAACGACGGAGAUCAGUUAUUUUUUUUAAGCGCUGUGAUUCCCCCUUUAUUGUGAUUUAUAUUCCCUAGCGGAUUUAAGUGCAUGGUUAAAAGUAUAUUGACUUGCCAUACAAAAGUCGGUUCCACGGGCAAAAUGACGGAAGUAUCUCAGUCAAGUCUUUACGUUCAGCAGCGCGUUCAGUCGUCUUACUUUCCUGCUAUACCAGUUGGAGCUCCCAAAGCAACUCUUUCAUAUCCAAGGGCUACACAAAAUGCUCCUUACACUGCAUUGAUGGGAGUAGUUGUUGAUGGCAGAAUUCCAAAACGGCAUCCAGUCACAUCAAGAUGUAGGGUAAGGAAACAAGUAGGUUUCACUAAUCGUUGGAGAUUGCCCGAGUCCUUGGGCAGUGAUCUGUUGGGAAGUUCACAGGCCAUCAAAGCUGUCAGCAUGCCAUACAAUCAAACCCUUAUGAACAUUAUUACUGAUGUUAACAGAUCUUUUAGAAUGAGUGUGGACAAAAAGAGUAAAUAUAUUACGUUUGUACGGAAAAUAUGUAAGCGAUUCGGAUCUUAAAGGUGACAAAUAUCUAGAAUGUACUUCGGAAGAGGCAAACAGCACCGCGAUGAAUACAACUUCUAUUAAGGGCGAUGAAUACAACUUCUAUUAAGGGCGAUGAAUACAACUUCUACUAACGGUUAUACAACUUCUACUAACGGCAAGGAAUACAACUUCUACUAACGGCGAUUAAUACAACUA